AGCCCAUUGUUAUAGUGUCAACAGUUGUGUGGUCAUUGUUUCGCCAUCCAGGUGACGGCCCAUAAUGGAUGCCUCUCUUGCGCCACACAUACACAAAAGGUAAUCCGAGAGCCGGCUAUUCUCCAUUGUCCAGUGGGAAAAUUCGCGCAUAUAAAAGAGCCGGGAUUCCUUGCUGGGAGCCGCACAAGGAGUUAAGCUCUGCACAGGCACGGAUCCAGGAGGAUGGUCUGGUUCCCCGUUUCGAUAGCGGCGCUGGCGCUGCUUUGCCUGGCCAGUAGAGGAGCAGUAGGAGGCAGUCGAGGAGUCUACCCCAGCGACGGAGGAGGCUACGAGGAGAUGGAGGAGCAGGAUCAAGAGCAAGAGCAGCCGGACCGGAGUACUUCCAAGAUGCUCAGCGCUCUUUUCGGAUUCGGCCAGAGCACACCACAUCCCACAGAGACUUCGGUGGCCAUGCCCCACCAGCUGCAGCUGCCGGUGAUGUACUACAACGAUUUCUACGAGGAUCUGCUGGCCACCAAGCGCAAUGACGUCCACUCUGCCGGAUGCGAUUGCAAAAACGAACUCCUCGACCUGGGCAACCUUCACUUUCCGCGCUAUCUGAUGAACGCCGUGUGCGAGUCUCGUCCCGCCCAGGGCGCCAAGUGCACACACGGCUCCAACUGCAGGCCUCUCGAGUACAAGGUGAAAGUGCUGGCCCAAGGCUCAGUGCCCGAUCGUGCUGCCUCCUGGCUGAACAAGGAAAUGACAGCGGCCCAGCUGUGGCAGUUUAAGACGGUCACCGUCACCGCUGGUUGCUUCUGUGCUAAGUAAAUGACGGGCUGUAGAUGUGAAAUAGUCGUAUAUUAAUUAAAGCGCCAAAAAGACGCCAAACUGUCUUUAUUGCGGUUGGAGAUUCGAAGGGGAACAGAUUUUUAUAGCUAUCUUCUAAAAAUAAGGCAUUUUCUCGGGUUCUAAGAAUGGAUUAUCUAAAAUACUCUAGUGUCCGUCUCGUGUACAUAUGAUAUAGGCUAAUAAAAAG